UUUAAUCGGAUGAAAUAAAAUUGUGAACAUAUAAUGGAUUUAUUAUUUUUAAGUAAACGCAUUUUCUUGGGCACAGAAGAGGGUUUUACGCAUGGGGGCAUCAUUGUCGAUACCGAAGGCAUUAUAAGAAAAGUACUUAAAUCAGCGCAAGAAGUAAACUCAUACCUUUACAAUACAGAAUCAGAAGCAGUUUACGAUUUUGAAAAUAUGGUACUUAUGCCGGGUUUGAUUGAUUCGAAUGUGCAUAUAAAUGAACCCGGACGUAAAGACUGGGAGGGCUUUUUAUUAGCAACGAAAGCAGCUGCAGCCGGUGGUUUUACUACAAUCAUAGAUCGACCCACAAAUGCUUCGCCGCCUACUACCAGCGUGGCAAAUUUGAAAGCUAAGACAUCUACUGCACGUGGUAAGCUCUAUGUCGAUGUUGGAUUUUGGGGUGGAUUAAUACCAGACAAUACAGAAGAAAUAGAAGCUUUAACUAAUGCCGGUGUUAUGGGUAUGCAGUGUACGUUAUGUCCAAGUGCACAGCCAGUUACAACAGAAUUUCCUGCUAUGGACCGCGUACAAUUAGAAAAAGCCAUAAGCAAAAUACCUGAGGAUGUUUUAAUUGCCUUUCAUGCAGAAUUACCACUUACACAGCCAAUAAAACCUAAUGAAGCUGAGCCUAAAAUGUAUGAGUCCUAUUCACGUUCCCGUCCGAUAAGUAUGGAAACAGAUGCUGUCCAAUUGAUCUGUGAGCUAGCACUUACUAACAAAAAAAAGCAUUUCCAUAUACUGAAUAUAAGUGCUGCUGAGACUCUGCCGAUUAUUGAGCAAUGUAAACGUAACGGAGGUAAGAUAACCUCUGAAACGUGUCCACAUUAUUUGACACUUGCUGCAGAAGACAUAGAAGACUGUCAUACGGAGUAUAAAGCUCAACCUCCAAUAAGGAACAAACAGAAUCAGAAAAAAUUAUGGCAAGGCUUAGAGAGUGGAUGUAUCGACUUGAUUACUUCAGAUCAUUCACCUGCAACUCCUGGUGCCAAAUGUUUAACCUACGGAAAAGCUCGUGGUAACUUUUUAAACGCUUGGCCAGGCAUAUCUUCACUUCAAUUAGGUCUGUCAAUUAUAUGGACCUCAUGUGAGCAACAUGGUCUUGGAUUAAAUCAUAUAUAUAAUUUAAUGUGUAAAAAUCCUGCAAAACUUUGCGGUUUGGAAAAGUUCAAAAGUAAGAUUGAAGUUGGUUAUGACGCUGACUUUUGUAUAUGGGAUCCAGAUGAAGAUUUUGAAGUUACACCAGAUAUGUUAUAUUCCGCAAAUAAGGCAACUCCUUAUACUAAUAAGCGACUACGGGGCGUUGUACAUGCUACCAUUGUACGAGGUCUACAUGUGUUUCAGAAAUAUGAAGGAUUUGGGCAGCCAUUAGGGAAGGUAUUGUUCCGAAAAAGUGGGAAAAAAAUUGUUAAAUUCGUACGAAUGUAGGCUUAAUU